AUGAGCCAGGUCAGUGGGCGCGCUUGUGCCCCCUCUCCGUGGGUGCUGCGAACCGUUGCCAUGGGUUACCGGUUGCAGUUCCGGGUCAAGCCGCCUCGUUUCCAAAGAGUUGUAAACACGACUGUCAACACCGAGGCGGCCAUGAUACUCAGAGAGGAAAUAAAGGCGCUAUUGCAGAAAAGAGCAAUACGAGUGGUCCCCGCUUCGGAGACAGACAAAGGUUGGUACAGCCGUUAUUUUGUUGUUCCGAAAAAAGGGGGAGGGCUUCGUCCCAUCCUCGACCUGCGAGUCUUGAACACGUAUCUACGAACGUACAGGUUCAAGAUGCUAACACUCAGACAGCUCUUGAAUGCAGUCGGCCCGGGAGAUUGGUUUGCAACAAUCGAUCUAACAGAUGCUUGUUUUCAUGUGGCUAUACACCCGAAACACAGGCAGUUUCUGAGGUUUGCAUUCGAGGGCGUAGCCUACGAAUACCUAGUGCUGCCGUUCGGGCUGUCGCUCGCUCCUCGCACCUUUACGAAAUGUGCCGAGGCAGUGCUAGCGCCCCUCAGAGAGAGAGGCAUCCGCAUCUUAGCCUACCUAGACGACUGGGCUCUCGUAGCUUGCUCCAGAGAGCAGGCGGAGACACAGCUGUCGCUGGUUCUGUCGCACAUUCAGACACUGGGGUUCUCUGUGAACUUUCAAAAGAGCUCGCUAAUCCCGAGUCAGCAGAUUACUUUUCUCGGUUUGGAAAUAUGCUCUCUUUCCAGCCGCGCACGUUUGUCGGAGCACAGAGUGGCCGCGUUUCAUCGCUGCCUCGCUCAGUUUCAGCUGGGACGCAGACUGCGUUUCCAGACGAUAUUAAGCUUGUUGGGCAUGAUGGCAUCUAUGAUCGCCGUAGUGCCACUUGGACUGUUAAAAAUGAGAGCGUUUCAACGCUGGACUCUCUUUCACCGUUUGUGUGCAUCGCGUCACCUCCGGAGGAGGCUGUCGGUAACCGCGUCUUGCAUGCUAGCUCUCCAUCCUUGGAGGGAGCCCAGGCUGCUGCAUCAGGGCUCUCGGAUUGGGAGGGUGUUAUUUCACAAGGUGGUGUCCACAGAUGCUUCCCUAAGAGGGUGGGGAGCGCUGUGCGAGGGCGCAUCAGUGAGAGGGAUCUGGUCCGCAGCUCAGCACCAGCUGCACAUCAACCACUUAGAGCUGUUAGCAGUGUUCUUAGCUCUAAAGCAUUUCCGUCCAGUCCUGCAGGGCCAGCAUGUCUUAGUCAGGACGGACAAUUCAACAGUGGUGUCUUACAUAAACAGGCAGGGAGGAACACGCUCUCUUCCCCUGUUGCAGCUGUCUCGCUCUCUGCUGUUAUGGUGCAGUGUUCAUUUUCUGUCUCUAAGAGCCACCCAUGUCCUGGGCCACCUGAACCUGGGGCCGGACCUUCUCUCCAGGGGGGGUCCUCUGGUGAGAGAAUGGAGGUUACACCCUUUAAUAGUGGCUCAGAUGUGGGAUCUAUUUGGCAAGGCGCAAUUAGAUCUUUUUGCUUCCAGGGUAAAUACUCACUGCCCCCUGUACUUCUCCAUAAUCGACCACAAUGCACCCUUGGGCUUGGACGCGCUAGCGCACCAAUGGCCAGACGUGCUCCUGUAUGCAUUUCCCCCAGUGGAAAUGAUAUCUCCAGUUCUAGAGAGGGUGCGUCGGCAUUCCCUCUCUCUGAUCCUGGUGGCCCCUUGGUGGCCCGCGAGGUCGUGGUAUGCAGAGAUAAUCAGCCUGCUAGCAGCGAGUCCUUGGCAGCUUCCUCUCCGCAGGGAUCUCCUCUCUCAGGCGGGAGGAGAAGUGUUUCAUCCGCGCCCAGAGUUAAACUUGGCUGCUAAGGGUUUGCCACCUAGUGUGAUAGCGACAAUUCAGAGCGCUAGAGCCUCAUCUACUAGAGGCUUGUACGCUUACAAAUGGCGAGCCUUCGAGCAAUGGUGCCAGGACCGCCACACUCUCCCAUUUCAGUGCUCUAUUGUGGAUGUUUUGACAUUCCUGCAGGAGCUGCUGGAUAAGGGCCUUUCAUUUUCGACAAUUAAGGUUUAUUUAGCAGCUAUAUCUGCUUGUCAUAUUGGCUUUGACGGGGUGACACCAGGUGCACAUCCCCUCGCCAUACGUUUUCUGAAAGGGGUUCGCCAGCUGAGGCCCAUGCUUAAGUCCAGUGUCCCUGCUUGGGACUUGUCUUUGGUGCUGGAGGCCCUUUGUAGCCCCCCGUUUGAACCCAUUGAGUCUGUGGAUAUGAAAUUUCUUUCAUAUAAGACCGCAUUACUUCUCACUUUGGCUUCAGCAAAGCGAGUGGGUGACCUUCAUGCGCUGUCUGUGCAUCCCUCCUGCACACAGUUCUCUCCUGGUGGCCACAAGGUCGUAUUGCGUCCAAAUGCUGCCUAUUUUCCCAAGGUCAUGCCUGCAUCUUAUAGCUCAAUGGAGUUUGAGUUGCUGAGCUUUUGCUCCCCUCCUUUUGAAUCUGAGGAGCAGAGGAGGAUGCAUUCUCUUUGUCCAGUACGUGUGCUACGCACCUACAUUGAGCGCACUCAGAAUGUGCGUUUAUGUGACCAGCUGUUUGUCUGCUUCGCUAAUCCAAAUAGAGGUAGAGCUCUGUCCAAACAGAGGCUGUCCCACUGGAUUAUAGAAGCUGUCUCACUGGCAUACGGCACCAGAGGUCUUGCGUUGCCCCACGGGGUGAGAGCUCAUUCCACCAGGGGGAUGGCAACCUCAUGGGCUCUUUUUAGAGGGGUGCCUGUAGCUGAUAUUUGUGCAGCAGCUAGUUGGGCAUCGCCGCACACUUUUGUGCGGUUUUAUCGGUUGGACGUUACAGCCCCUUCGGUGGCUCAUGCUGUCCUUUCUGCUGGGUCUACCACUCACUAA